GAGCAUCUCUUCGAUUGCACAUGUUUCGAGCAUCGACGUUUUCAGCACUUUACUCGUGAGGUUGAAUGAGAACCGAGCACGCAUCGCUGGAUCUCUUGGCGAGGACGGCAAGAAGGUGACGCUGGUCUCCAAGGCUGCUGGUGCAGAGUGGAAGACGCUGUCCGACAAGGCGGACUACUUGUCUAAGAAGGAAGCCUUCGAACAAAAAGGGGGUGUUAUGCCAGCGAGGAAAAGCAAGAAGGCUGCAAAGGCUGCAAAGGCCAAGAAGACGAAGGACCCAAGUCUACCCAAGCGUCCCAAGAACGCCUACAUGUUGUGGCUGGACGACCACAGGAAGGAAAUCACAGAUGCACUGGGGCCAGGACAACAGGUGAAGCAGGUCGCAAUUGAAGCUGGAAGGAGGUGGAGAAUGUGUUCGGAUGCCGAGAAAGGCCCUUACGUGGCGAAGGCAUCUGAAUUGAAGGAGGCUUACAACAAGCAGAAGCAAUGA